ACACUGAUAUUGUUACUGUUUUCGUUGUUUGCGGGAAAAGACGGAAAAGGACGUUUUUACAAACCAGAAAAGUGUAAUUCUUUGUCCAUAGCAAAGUCCUCGGUUGCCGGGUCCGUUCCAUUACACGAUGCAAAAGUACGAAAAGCUCGAAAAAAUAGGUGAAGGCACGUACGGGACGGUGUUUAAGGGGAAAAACCGGGAUACGCUCGAGAUUGUCGCCCUGAAACGCGUUCGGUUAGACGAGGAUGAUGAAGGUGUGCCAAGUUCGGCUUUGCGCGAAAUCUGCCUUCUGAAGGAGCUGAAACACAAAAACAUUGUCCGCCUGUACGAUGUGCUGCAUUCGGAUAAAAAGCUGACGCUUGUGUUCGAGCACUGCGAUCAGGAUUUGAAGAAGUACUUCGACAGUCUGAAUGGCGAGAUUGAUCCGGACGUGGUAAAAAGUUUUAUGUAUCAGCUGCUACGUGGCCUCGCCUUCUGCCACAGCCACAAUGUGCUGCACCGGGAUCUGAAACCACAAAAUUUGCUGAUCAACAAAAAUGGCGAGCUGAAGCUGGCCGAUUUCGGGUUGGCCCGGGCUUUCGGUAUCCCUGUCAAGUGUUACUCGGCGGAAGUCGUUACACUGUGGUACCGGCCACCGGAUGUCCUGUUCGGUGCCAAGCUGUACACCACCAGCAUCGACAUGUGGUCGGCGGGAUGCAUAUUUGCUGAACUGGCCAACGCUGGAAGACCACUGUUUCCCGGUUCCGAUGUGGACGAUCAGCUGAAGCGAAUAUUCAAACUGCUAGGAACACCGACCGAGGAUAGUUGGCCCGGGAUAACGCAACUGUCGGACUACAAACCCUUCCCACUGUACCCUCCGACAACCUCCUGGAGCCAAGUUGUGCCGCGGCUUAACUCCAAAGGGCGGGAUUUGCUACAAAAGCUUCUCGUGUGUCGCCCGCUGCUGAGACUGAGCGCUGAACAGGCAAUGUCCCACCCGUACUUUACCGAGAACUGAAAGCGGUUCUAGCAUUUCAAGGCGCUACUGACGACCAAGCAGACGUUACAAUCGUUGGCGUCAUCGUCGUCGGCGUCGACUUCUGGGACAUCGUCGAUGCCGGGAACCAAACCAGAAGAUAUCGGUGCGGUGUCUGCCGCUACGGCAGGCGCCACCCCAAGCCAAGGUCAGGAAGCGCCUUUUAAGACGCCACUGGAACCAAUCCGCGAGUAACAACGACUCCACAAUAACUCAUAUUUUCUAGUCGUAAAGGUAAACAUUUGAAACAAUCGUCGUGAAAAGAAAGUAGCGUGAAUACCGUCAUUUUAGCGUUUCCUUAUCUAAAAACGGCCUUUAGCGACGGUUUUGAGGAAGAUGGAUAGUGGAAAGGAUGUGUUUCUUCCUAAACCCUGAUACACCUAGAGAGUCUCGGUCAUUCCCACGGUGAAGUGAUU